AUGGAGGUCAUAACCCUCAGAAACAAGGUCAGGAACUCAAGCCAAAUUCAGAAAAAAGCUUGCCAUUGUCUUCAAAAGGUUGCUGAGAAAGCCACAGAUCGUAUCAACUCCACAGCAUAUGCAAGUGUUCCUUCAAUGUGUGGCGUUUACAUGGCCCACCAAUUCAGCAUCGACAUGAACUGCGACAAGUACCCUGGUGUAAGCAGCAGCUUGAAGAUUUACUCGUGA